UCAAACCCCAGUGAUGAUCCUAGUUUAAGGAGGAAAACCAGGAACAAAUUAAAGAGAGUGAUGCAAAAUUUGUACUACUAGUGUCUUAUUCCUGGCGCCGCAAAAAUCCAAGGCCGGUCCACCUCCAUGGCGAAUUCCCAGCAGCGUCGCCAUUAAUCAUGGCCGUGCAUGUGAGGAUGCGGUGAGCCAGCCACAUUUCUCUGUUUCUGGAAACGCAGAAAAUAUUUCCCGUCGUUUGGUUGCAGACAUCUCCAUCCACUGGUGGGGAGAGCGGCAAGGAAAUAAUAUCCAUGGGGGGCAAUCUACUAGGAGGCCAUGUGGAGCUCGCCAAGUGGUCAAUGGCUCGUCGCCAAGUGUUCCAUUGUUAACCUCUUCUGGUGCCGAGUAGUUUCUCCACGAGCUCCACGAGCAGACGAGCGAGCUCCUCCCUCCUCCUCGUCAUCGUCUUCGUCCUCAGCGUGACCCUCACGGCUGGCUGUGGAUCCAUCCGUCCAUGGAGAUGGAGGCUUCUAGCUGACGAGGCUGGCGGCUUCUGGAUUGGUACGUAGGUACGUGCUGUUGGCUGUUGGUGCAUGCAUGAUUGCCGCUUGCGCCCCCACCAUUAGUUGGUUGGAGCUGAGCUGAGCUCUGCUUCUUGUCCAGCUCUGUUCUUGUUGGUAGCUGGCUGCACGCCCAUGUAGUUGCAGAUCUUGAUCCUGCCGCUAGGCCACAGAUUGCGGAUUUUGGUUUUCGGAUUUCUUUCUAGGUGGAGAAUUAGGUAGGUCGCUCUCCUUGAAUCGGAUCUCGACUCUCGAGGAGUGGAGAUUCUUGCAGAUUCGGUAGUGUAGAGAUCGAAGAAGCAGAGUGAGAAAUUGGAUCUUGGGGCUGGGGGCAAUGGCGAUGGAGCCGACGGUGAAGGUGGCGCUGGGGACGGCGGCGUUCGGCAUCUUCUGGGUGCUGGCGGUGUUCCCGGCGGUGCCGUUCCUGCCCAUCGGCCGCACGGCGGGGUCGCUGCUGGGGGCCAUGCUCAUGGUGCUCUUCAACGUCAUCACCGCCGACGAGGCCUACGCCGCCGUCGACCUGCCCAUCCUCGGCCUGCUCUUCGGCACCAUGGUGGUCAGCGUCUACCUGGAGCGCGCCGACAUGUUCCGCCACCUGGGCCGCGCGCUCUCGUGGCGCAGCCAGGGCGGCAAGGACCUGCUCGUCCGCACCUGCGUCGUCUCCGCGCUCGCGUCGGCGCUCUUCACCAACGACACCUGCUGCGUCGUGCUCACCGAGUUCAUCCUCAAGAUCGCCCGCCAGAACAACCUCCCGCCCAAGCCCUUCCUCCUCGCGCUCGCCUCGUCGGCCAACAUCGGCUCGGCGGCGACCCCCAUCGGCAACCCGCAGAACCUCGUCAUCGCCGUGCAGAGCGGCAUCUCCUUCGGGGACUUCGUGUUCGGCAUCCUCCCGGCCACGCUCGUCGGCGUCGUCGUCAACGCCGCCAUCCUGCUCUGCCUCUACUGGCGGGAGCUGUCGGACGAGAAGUGCGUCGACGUGUCCCACGACGCGCUCCCCGCCGAGGUCGUCGAGGAGGACGACGUCACCUCGCACCGCUUCUCGCCGGCCACCAUGUCCCACCCGCGCCGCGGCCGCCUCCCCGACGGCUCCGCUGCCCCCGACGCGGCCGGCUGCGAGGCGCACUGCUGCGAGCCGCCGGUCAAGCCCAACGGCGAAGCUUUCGCCGCCAAGGAGGCGGCGCUGGACGGCGUCGGGAUCCACCAGAGGAGGGGCUCCGCCGCCAGAGUGACGACCAAGGAGGAGGAGUACUGCUGCUUCAACUCGGCGGAGGAGAAGGAGGCGGCCAUGGACGAGGAGUGGAAGAACAGGCUGUGGAAGACGUGCGUCUACGCCAUCACCUUGGGCAUGCUCGUCGCGCUGCUGCUGGGGCUCAACAUGUCCUGGAGCGCCAUUACCGCCGCCCUCGCGCUCAUCGUCCUCGACUUCAAGGACGCCCGACCCUGCCUCGAGAAGGUCUCCUACCCGCUGCUGCUCUUCUUCUGUGGGAUGUUCAUCACCGUGGACGGCUUCAACAAGACCGGCAUUCCCAGCACGUUCUGGGAGUUCAUGGAGCCGUAUGCGCGGAUCGACACGCCGACCGGGAUCGUCAUCCUCGCCCUGGUCAUCCUUCUCCUCUCCAAUGUCGCGUCCAAUGUCCCGACCGUCCUGCUGCUCGGCGCACGGGUGGCGGCCUCGGCGGCGGCGAUCUCCCCCGCGGCGGAGACCAACGCGUGGCUGAUCCUGGCGUGGGUGAGCACGGUGGCCGGCAACCUGUCGCUUCUGGGGUCGGCGGCGAACCUGAUCGUGUGCGAGCAGGCGCGCCGGUCCCAGCAGUUCGGCUACACCCUCUCCUUCUUCAGCCACCUCCAGUUCGGCUUCCCGGCGACGCUCAUCGUCACCGGCAUCGGCCUGCUGCUCAUCAAGAGCAACUGAACAGGAGAGGAUCAUGAUUAUCACCAACACAGCAGCAGAAGAAGAUGGUAUGAUUCAUAUGGAUAUACUAUAGGUAUGUAUGUAAAUUUUAAAAAUUGUGAAUGUUGGGGCCGUCAUUUGUGGCCUGUGGGGUCGUCUUGUACCGUAAAGCAAAGCUGGGAGCCCCCCCGAGCACGGAUGAUGACAUUCAUGGUGGUGCUCGGAGGCUUUUUGGGUUGUACAUUUCAUAUGUAUUGAAAAAGAAAAGGAGGAAGAACAAGAAGAAGAAGAAGAAGAAGAAAGAUGUACAUGAGUAGCUGCUACUAUUACAAUCUAGUAAGUAAAUGGAGGUGUAUAUUUGUUCAGUAUUCACGAUGAAUUGGAUGGUACACAUUGCAAUC